AUGAAAGAAAAUAAUAAUAAUAGUGAUGAUAGCAUUAGUGGUAAUGAUGAUGGUGCUUACGAUAGUGAAGAAGAAGAAGUGGAGGAGCGAAACGAAGAGCCAAAGAUUAAAUUGUGCUGGACUUCACGGACUGGGAAAGAACCGAACCAUGGUUGGUGA